GGGGGUACUGUCCAGAGGCUACUGAGUAAAAGAGGGAGUGUCUGGACGGAGGAACAGCUAGAAAAGUGAGUAAGAAGUUUUAGCUCACUCCUGACAGCCCUCGGCCCGCAGGAACACGCUGAAGAAACUCCACCAGCCUCCCCGGAGCUCCGCUAGACCCGAGACCCGGAGAGAAGCGACUCACAGCGGAUAGGAAACAUGAGAGACUCCGCCAGAAAGAGGAACGGAGCUCAGAGGCAAACCGAUACCUCUCAGCCAAGCAGUGGAAAAAGCCCUGGAGGAGCUGCGAAGGAAGAUGAUGGGAUGAUUUCUGUGAAGGUCCAAGGAGCGGGGGUGGAUGCUUUUGAUUUGCAGGUUAAUGGCUUCUGGCUGGUCCAGGAUGCAGUAAUGACCAUUCUAGGAAGAGAGGAGGUGGCCCCCCGCACAUCCCUCGCUCUGUCUCUUUCAGGUGUAACCCUGGACCCCUUCACGGAGCUCCAGAGCAUCAAGGGCUUUAAAGCAGGUGUCACCCUCCGACUAGUAGAAGAGCCGUACUCUCCACGGUCAGCUCGAGCUCAUUUGGCCCACGUUCAGGAGCUGCUGAGAGCUGCCGGCCCCCAAGAUGCUCUGAGAGAGGGCAGAUCACCCAGCGUCCUCAGUACACUCACACACACACCUGAGCUCCCUUCUGCUGGUCAUUCUGCCAAAGGCAAAAAAUCUAACAGUAAGACUGAGCAACAACAGACCGAAGCACCUCCACCUCCUGACUACAUCCUGCCUGGUGCUUCAGAGCGCCCCCCUCUGGCCACCCUGCUGCCCACCAGCACGUACACUGAAGCUCCCAACUGCCUAUUGGACCUGUCACUCAGCUGUUGGAACCCUCCCCCUGGUUCAAGAAAACUGCAAGGUGACUUCUUGUACAUCAGUGUCCACACUAUGGAGGGGAAGCACUAUGACAUCACAUCCUCUCCACGAGGAUUCUAUCUCAACAGGUCCACCCUGGAUGUGUUUGACCCUCGUCCCUCCUCAUCCACUCCUGUAUGUCACUGCCUGACUGAUCUACUGUCUCAGCUGAGCCCACAAUUUAAACACAACUUCAGUACACUGCGUCACAGACCCGCUCUGCCUACAGAAGAGUCCAUGUCCACUCCUUACCGUACACUGGGCUGGCUGGGAGGUUCUUCUCUUCAUUCUCACAAACCUGACUACAGCUGCAGACUGGGCCUGGAGCAGGGCCUUAAUGCACAGGCCCCAGACUGGAAUGAAGAACUUCAAGCAGCCAGAGACCUACCACAAACUACAUUAGAAGAGAGACUCCAAAGAGACAAAGCCUUACUACAGGUAAAUAGUGCCUUUGUAUGGGCUGUAGCCCAGGGUGCUGAAAAAGUCAUUGAUGGCUUUGUUGACCCAAUCAACAACUGCAGUGAAGACCCUGCCUUUCUCUGGGGAGGCUUAUUCAUGAGUAUGGGUGGGCCGGGGCAGGAGUGGCUGGGUGGCGAGCGUGGUCGCAGAGCAGCACAGAGACUUGAACUCCAAGCUAUUCAGUUGUACAGUGAUCUAGAGGGAGACUUGCAGGCUCUCCACACUUUGCCCACUGCCCUGGCUGACUACAGAGGUCUUCGGGUUUCAGUUCAGGGUCUGGCCCCUGGCCUGCAGGGUCCUGACCAGCCUGGAGCCCCCAGGGGUCUCCUGUAUGGUGUUAAUGCUGGGCCACAGGAGAACCCGGCUCGAAGGAAACUGCUGGAGCUUCUGGCCCAGUCAGCCAAGGCCCUUGCUCUGCAGAGACACGCUGUCGUGGGGCCCAAUGGCUACCAGGUGCCCCUCUUCACUUCCACAGACGCUCAGGGGCUGCUGGGUGCGGAUGGUCGCUAUUACGUAAUGGAUGUGUUCCGAACAAUGCCUGCUGAUGCUAAUUUCCACAUAGUGGAGGAGGAAGAGGCUGGAGCGGAUGGUCCUAAACGGUUCCCCCAUGGUCUGUGUCGCCUCCGGCCAGAGCUAGUCAAGGCUUUCAUCCAACACAAGCACUCUGAGUUCACAACGCGUGUGAGAGAACUGAUGGAGGAGAAUGGAGGAGUGGAGGAGUGUGUCAAAUCUGGUGAUUCUCGAGGGACAGAAGCAGUGAGGGGGGCUUGUAAAGAUGUUGGCUCCGUCAGUGAUAUCAUCUUUGAGAUGCGUUUCAACCCCAACAUCUUCUCUCCAGGUGUGCAGUUUUCCAGUUCAGAGAGUCCUGCAGUGUCUUUACAAGAAAGAUUACUGAAAGAGGCUGCCACAUUCAUCACCAACGAUCAGAUACCUGCAUUUGUGAAUGACUGCCUGCAAGGCUCUGAUACACCAAUAGAUGGAGCUACACUACGAAAUGCCCUCCAUCAAAAAGGCAUAAACCUCCGCUAUUUGGGUCACCUGGUAUCCACCAUCAGCCAAUCAGAACAUAAGGACCGGCUGAGGCACAUCACGAGACUGGCAUAUGGAGAGAUUGUUGUCCGAUGUGCUCGAAGAAUCUUCAGUGGCUACAUACAGGGUGUGGACUUGGCCAGCCUAUCUGCAGCUGCAAGUCACUUUCUCUGCUGCUUAUUGGUACCACACUACAGUUCUGCCUCAAAUGGGGAGGAGUCUAAGAAGCGCUCCAGGAGGCGGGGCCAUAAAGGAGGAGGAGCUGCGGACAGUAUAGCAUGGGGAAUGCUCACAGGGAAUGAACUUUGGAGUCUUAUUUGCCAGGACGCUCAAGAGACCUAUGGCCUUAAACAAGGACUUGGGUCGAAUGUUGACCAUCUGGUUGAGCAAUAUGGGCUUCAGAAACUGUCCUUAUUACGAGAGAUGUGCCUCAAGACUGGCAUACAGCUCCGGCUCAGAGACUAUGCCCUUGACAACCGCAACAAAGCCCCAAUCACUCCAGACGACUUGCUCAAUCUCCUGCCUGUGGUCAAGCACAUCACGAUGGCAACAAGUGAUGCCUCGCGAACAUUCCAGGCAGCCCAGAACAGCCUUCAGAAAGGAUUGCUGGAGCAGGCGUACGACCAGCUGAAAGAGGCGGCGUACCUGUUUGGCCGUGUGUGUGACGAUCUUCACCCUGAGGCCUGUAGUUGUCUCAGUAUGCUGGCUAGAGUGGCCUAUCUGCAGGGCCACCCUGCUGAGGCUCGCAGUGUGCAGUUGAGGGUCGUGGUCAUUAGUGAGAGGGUCCUUGGAUUCGACCACCCAAAUACCAUUCAACAAUAUGCUUUGUUGGCAGUCUACAUGUUCGCUGGAGGAGAGACUGCUUUGGCAUUGCGUUGUUUGUACCGAGCUAAAUUGCUCAUGCUGUUGGUACAUGGCGAGGAUCACCCCUAUACAGCAGUGCUGGAUACGUCUCUGGGCCUGGUGCUGCAAGGGGAACAGUCACUGCAGUAUCUACAGAACGCACUGAAACUGAACAUCUCAUUCAGAGGUGCUACAGACCUCACAACUGCCCUAAAUCACCAUCUACUGGCUCAGAGAAUGUGUGUGGCAGGAGAUUACCGGGGAGGCAUGACUCAAGAGAAGGAGGCCCACAACAUCUUUCAGAACCAGUGUGGUGAGAAUCAUCCCCAAACCAAAUGCAGUUCCGACUUCCUGAAAUCCAUCACUCAGCAGGCAGUGCGUGUGGAACGAUCCAUACGACAGGGUGGGGUGGAUCCCACUGACCCGAGCACACAUGAGAGCUUGGUUCCCUCACUGGAGACUAGACUGGAGCAGCUGGCUCUGGUAAACGGCAUCCUGAAGACAUCAUACAGUAUGAGGCUUAUGGAAUUCAAAGAGAAGCUGAAAGAAAGAAGAGCUGCUGAGGAGGCUGAGAAGACUAAAUCAGAAUCCUCAAAUGAGGCUGAGGCUGUUGAGGAAGCCGCAGACUGUGUGAAGCAAACUGAAGAAGUGAGUGUCACAAACAACGAGACUCAGCCAGAAGAUUCAGACAUUCUGGAAAAGGAAACUGAUCACUCGAAAACGAACGGCCAGGUUGAGUCUCACCUGCAAAAUGGAGAUGCUGUAAAUGAAAAUGAUGAAGCAGAAAAUCCAGCUGUUCAACUGGAAACCAGCGAGAGUAUCCCAACGAAGAGCCAGACAGAGCCAAAAGAGCUUAUUAAUGCAGAAAACGAAAACUUACAGCCAGCUUUAGUAAAUGGAGGAGAGGGCAUGAUUGCUAAAGAGGUAGUAACGCCUGUGGAGAAACAGGCUGCGACAGAAACUCCAGAAACAGUAAAUAACUGAAAAAAUGUCCGCAACCACAGAGAUUACAUACAUCCAUUACACAGUUAUGAAACACAAUAAUGAAACACUUCCACAAAAUCCAUAUAGUAGAGCAGGGCAUCUAUCACAUGACCAUCUAACUGAACAGGGUAUAUGAAUUCUGUCUGUUGAUUUUAAAAACAUGAUAAUAAGCACAUGACAGAAGCACAAAAAGCUCCAAUAAAACUCUGUGAGCUUUUUAUUUUAUGUAUCUGUCUGUACACGUUUGUUUGUUAUUUGUCACACUGUAUUCAUUCCUUUACAAUAAAAAAAUACUCUUUUGGUA